AUGCAGCUCUACCUCGCUCUCGCCAUUCCCAUACUCUUGGCAACAGCAUGGCUGUACACCGCGCAGGUCACACGGACUUCCCUCCCCAGUCUCCGUAACAAGCGCAUCUGCCUUCUCAUCGCCCAUCCCGAUGACGAAGCAAUGUUCUUCUCUCCUACACUGCUCGCCCUGACGGCCCCGGAAACGGGCAACCAUGUCAAGAUCCUCUGUCUGAGCAGUGGGAAUGCAGAUGGCCUCGGAGAGAUCCGCAAGCAAGAACUCGCUGCCUCAGGUGCAAUGCUCGGUCUCCGCUCCGCCUCUGACGUCCUUGUUAUCAAUGAUCGAAAGUUUCCGGACAGCAUGACAACCACAUGGCCGGCAGACAAGAUCGCCCAAAUAUUGUCUUCCGCUUUCAGUCCUGUUUCCAAUUCCACGAAAAAGAACUCACCAUCUGAUGAGCCCACUUCUACCAUUGACACCCUGAUCACAUUCGACGCUCGUGGAAUAUCAUCCCACCUGAAUCAUAUCUCUCUGUACCAUGGCGCGCGGCAUUGGCUAUCUUCGCUUAUGGCGGGAAAGUCGGGUUGGAAGUGUCCUGUCGAGUUGUACACCCUCACAACUACCAACAUCUUGCGAAAAUACAUCAGCGCCUUCGAUGCGCCUGUGACAAUGGUACUGGGAGGGUGGAGAGCGGCGGGAAAGGCACAGAGAAAGGGGAAGGAGGAGCCACCUAGUCUGUUGUUCUUCACUUAUGCCGACCUGCGUCCGACCACUUCGCUGUUUACCGUUCUGAUGGUGCAGCCGGAAAAUCCUAUCAGCAGAGCAUGGCUUGAAUCGACUCUGCAAAUUGUGCUUCAAAGCAACCAUCCCCUUGAAUCUCCAUUCACAGAAGGCCUCCUCUUCACAGGGGCUUCAGCAUCUGAAGUCGAGAUGCAGCAGGAGGCUCGGGAUGUCAUACAGCAACAAAACGCAUAG